AUGUUUGCUGCUGCAACCAAAAACUUUGUUAAACAGGUUGGUGACGGAGGAAGACUAGUGCCAGUGCCCAGCCUCAGUGAAGCUGAUAAGUACCAACCUCUCAGCCUUGUGAUUAAGAAAAGAAAAUGUUUGCUUUCGAAAAAAUCUAAAUUUGCUUCGACACCUUUCACAUUAAAAGACAUUCUUGAAGGGGAGAAAGAAAUUUCUGCAGGUGUUUCAUCCUACCAGUUGCUCAACUAUGAAGACAAAUCAGAUGUUUCACUCAGUGGUAGAAGAGGAAAUCAGAUAAUCAACGAUGUUGGUUUUGAUGUUGCUGGAUCAGAUUCUAUUGCCUUUAAAGCUUCAUUUGGCAUAGUGACCAAACACGAGGUUGAAGUACCAACGCUGCUUAAAGAACUUACUACAAGAAAAAUAAACUUUGAUCAUUGCCUAGUCCAUCAAACAAGAAAAAGUAGGAUGGAGAUUCUGUGUGUAGUCAUGGAAAGCAUUAGGACAACAAGGCAGUGCUCAUUAACUGUUCAUACUGGGAUGCGUGGAGAGACUAUGAGGUUUCACAUAAUUGAAGACCAAAAUAGUAAAGGACGGGACAAAGCCAUUGUUUUUCCUGCACAUACAACGGUUGCUUUUAGUGUAUUUGAACUUUAUAUUCGUUUGGAUGGGAAUUUUGAACUGUGUGUGACUCCAAUUGCAAAGGGGGGAUUUGAAAAAGAGAAAUCUGGAUCAUCUUCAAUGAACAAAUUAAGGAGAUUAAAGCAUAAUCUCUUUCAUCAAAAUAAAAGAAUAGUGAGUAUCGUCCCUAGCUCUGACGGUUACUUGGAGGACCUUUUUACAGACUACUAUGAGAAAGCUGCAAGCAUGACUGAUCUCUCUACAAGCUAUCUCAGAGAUGGGGCUCAUGUCCGAAUUAAUUUACUUAAUAACAACAUCCCCAAAGGUCCUUGUGUUCUUUGUGGAAUGGGAAGUUCUAAAAGAGAAACAGUCUAUGGAUGCCUAGAGUGCUCUUUUAAUGGACAGAAAUAUGUACGACUGCAUGCUGUGCCCUGUUUCGACCUCUGGCAUAAAAGAGUGAAGUAACUGCUGUAGGUUUUUUUUUAUAGAUGAAAGUGCUACAAUGGCCUAAAAGCUAUAGAAAGCCUGCAGUUACCUGCCUGGGAUUCUGUUUUUCUGUUUGGACUUAGAAGUAUUCAUUAGGAAUUUUCUAAAUAUGUCAACAGGUACUGGAACAAUUUUUUUUUUUUACUGAUGAGACAGAAACAAUCAUUUUGAUCAGCACUUUACACAUUGAGCAACACCAGUAAUCAAUUGUGUAGAUUAGGAAAUGAUAAAGGAAAAAUGAAACUAUGGAUCUUGGUGUUUUCCAAUUUUAUUUAUUUUGUAACAUCUAAAACAUUUUAUUAGCUAAAAGUUGAAAGUAGUAUUUUACAGUCACCUUAGAAAUAAAAAAGAUGCCACUAUAAAAAACAAACAAACAAAAAUAUUCUGUAACAAAGUAUUACUUUGGUUUUUUUUUUAAAUUUUUUGUCCAUAAAACAGCCAAAGAUUUGACAGGUAAUUAGAGUUCAUCAUGCUGGUAGACAUUGUACUCCUUAGCUGAUAUGAAGCCAUCUCCAUCAUGGUCAUUCUUCUUAAAUAUAUCAGCUAAAAUUUCAUCAUGGACUGAGGGAUGACGUUUUUUGCCAUCUCUUGCAAAUUCUUCUUUCAAAUAUUGACUUAUCUGGAAGGGAAAAAAAAAAGAAAAUCAACUAUUGUGGCUUUUAUACCAGAAAACUCAGCAGCUAUCUUCAAGAACACUAGGUUAUACGUGUGAGUAACUGUGACUGCAGUGUAGGCAUGUCUGAAGUUACUUUCCUACUAUGUCUGGGACAGACUAGUAGACUAAAGCAAAUGUCAGCAUGACAAUGUAUACUUGGUCUAAGCAUACAAAAGCUUUCUGUAAUGAACUGCAUCAAAAGCAGCUCGUGUAAGGAUAAUGUUAUGAUAAAAGUAUCUCCAAAGUUUUAUAAAUACAAUCCAUUCAACAUUAUGUCAAAUUACCUCGAGUUCGGAGAGCUUCUUGUCACUGUCCUUGUCUAUUUGAUGAAAUGCUUCAACACUGCGAGGUCCCUUAUUUACUGCAUAAAGUUCAAUCUCAAAGAUGAGUGUUGCAUUAGGUGGAAUCUUGCCCUGUGCUAUGAACAAAAGAAAAAGCACAUUUAAGAAAUAAUAAUGUAUAUUCAGUGAUCGCAUGUAUGGUAAAUGUGCACGUAAAUUUUCCUAUUUUUUCUUACAAAAGACAGUGUUAAUAUUCAGAUUAAAUGCUUGAUUUAAAUAUUACACAGCUAGACUUAUCAGUUCGUGUUCUGGCAUGAUGCUGGUUCAGCAGGUCAUUGUGUUAUAGAAACCAUUUUGAGAGAGACUUGAAAACAAUAUACUUCUCUGAAAAUUAUGCUGUUCAUACCAUAUUUUCAAAAAUGAGGAUGUAGUCAACUUUGAAGAGUGAUUCUGCAUCAUGAAAAACAAAUAUUUCUGCUGUUCUCACUGUUUCGUAUACUGAGGCUUACUGAGAGAUCCAUUCUAAGAUGUAUGUAUUAAUUUAUUGAUUUAUAAUAUAUGCAUUAUAGUACUAGACCAAUGUUUUAUACAUUUUUCUGUCUGAAGAAACGAGCAGGUAAUAUCAGGUUUAACAAAUUUACUAUGAAUUAUACCUAUGAUUAAAGGACACUAUGCGAAACAGUGAGUUAAAUAUGCAUCUCACUAGGAAGAAGCAAUAGCAUGUAAUUCAUCUGGUUCACAUUUGAAAACCAAAACAACCCACAGAAAACCUCACAACCCAAAAAGCCCUAAAGAACCACUGGAAUGUUUUCUCUGGUCCCUAGAUAAAAACACCAAAACACGUUAGACAGUAUUAUUCCUGUGUCAAAGCAUUUGCCUAUUAACAUAAGGCACUGUAUCAUGCUUAUGGCCAAAAAAAAGGAACUGAAGCAGACCGGAAUAAACAGAUCAGGUCUGAAAGCAAAGCCAAAAAAGCUUUUAGAAACCAUGCAGUUUAAUAUUAAAAUGUGAACAUGCAAGUUGCUUCUAUUCAUAGCCAAAGCUAGUGUGCAUGACUUUUGACAGAAUGUUGUGACCAUAAACUGAAGAAAAGCUAAAUGUACUUUGCUUAUAAGAACAAGGCAAACAAAACUAGUACUUACACUUCUCAUCUAAAAUAUCAAUGUUAAAAAUCACAAGUUUUAAAAUUCAAAGACUUUAAUCUUAAAAGCCUGAACAUGUAGAAGUUUUAAAUAUAACUGGAUAUAUACCACUGUUUAUAUACGACUCACCAAAUAAAGAUACAGAAUUAGUCUUCAGUGCCAGUAUUUACGAAUAUACAUACCGACAAAGGAAAGAUAUGUAAAGAUUUAGAAAGCCACAUGCAUGUUUUCUAACUCAAGAUUAGGCAGGCAUCUUCCACAACAUGCAGGAAUGCGCUGAGACAGAGGAGACAGGUGUAUUUCAGAAACAGAACAGUUUCUUGAUGUGCUACCUAGAACAAACAGUUAAUGGUAGUAUUAGAUUAAAAGAAUGUAUUUUUGUGUCAGUGUUUCUCUUUGUUGCAAGACUUGCUCAUUAAACAUUAUGCUCAAGAGGCAAAAAUUUGAUCCUACUAAACUUCAUUGGCUACAGUGGAUUAUACCAAACAUGGAACUGAUGCAUGAGAUUCUAACACAGUAACAUUUACCAAAUAAUUACUAUACAUCAGAAGUUGCAUUUUCCAAAAAAACCAAUACACCCAAACCAGACUGCAUUUAUUUACAGCUGAGUACAGAAACACUACAUAAAAAUGACUAGAAGUCUCUUUUAUAUUUAAAAUCAUGAAUUCAAAUCAGAUUUUAUGCAUUGUAUUGAUGCAAUUAUUAGACUAUGUGAUGAUGUUGUGCAUUAACUAUGCAGAAUGUAAGCAAUCUUUUAAACAAAUGAUUUCCAGUUAAGUUGACUCAGUGUAUGAGCUGGAUUACAUUCUGUUUUGCUCAGUUAAGAGGCUAAAGCUAGUAAAACUGAAUUAAUAGAAACAAAGUAUGAAUAGAAUAUAAUUUCAGGUUGGAUCAUAGGAAAAAAAUUCCUCUCAGAGUGGUGAGGCCUUGAACAGCUGCCCUGGUAAGUAGCAGUCUCUGUGCAGAUGUGGCACUGAGGGACAUGGCUUAGUGGGCAUGGUGGGUUGAUGGCUGGACUAGAAUGAUAUCUGUAGCCCUUUCCAGCCUUAAUAAUUCUAUGGUAAUAUAGUAAGACAAAAUCCAUAUAUGAAUCAUGGAGAUCUUACUCUGGCUGUAUGUUUUUGGUAUUGCAGCAGUGCUCACAAAACCAAGACAGGCGGCAUGUACUGGGAAUUCUGAUGCAAAAUGCAGAGCUUUGGUGGCAGUCUGUGAAAAGAACUGCUUAAAUCAAACUGGAAUUAGCAAAAUUAAGCCAUGCUGCUCCAGUUACCUGAAGUGUUCUACAAAAUUAAUAAAGCACCAACUCUUAGUCAUUUACAAUACUGUUUGCACAUUAGAAGGUAAAUAAAACAGAGCAAAAAAAAAAAAAAAAAAAAAUUAGUUUUUAAACUCUUUUUUUACCAUAUCCUUGCUGUCCAUAUGCUAAUGAUGGAGGGAUGACCACUUUCCGUUUUUCUCCAGGACACAUAUUCAUCAUAGCAAUAUCCAACCCCUUUAUGACUUGUCCAACACCCAGAACGAACCAUUUUGGAUGACCAUCAUUUUGCGUCCGACUGUUAAAAAAAAAUAAAAAUUAAGUGGAUAACAACAAA